AUGGCUUCCGGUAAUUUGAAUAAUUCGAGCGACUCUCCCGACGAAUCAAACGAUAGCUCUAUGGAAUUCUUUCUUAACGCGCUACACUAUCUUGAAGAUACGUCAAGUUCUAGUGCUCCUCAAACUCGCCGGUAUACGGACCGGGGUCGGGAAAUUGGUCUUGCCACUCUUUUGAACAAUUGGUUCGUUCAAGAACCAAAAUACGAAGACGAUUACUUUCCAAACUUCCCGUAUUUCCAAGAACGUUACGAUGCAAGAAAAAGUUUUACGGCGAUACAGAAAUGCACAUCCGCCGUUAGGCAACUCGCGACGGGUAACGCACCAGACGAGUAUGACGAGUACAUGUGCAUGGCCGCCAGAACCGCACGUGAGACCCUUGAUUAUUUUUGUAACGCCAUCAUUCGGUUGUAUAGCCGAGAGUACCUACGCAGGCCGACGUCACACGACGUUGCGCGCAUCUUCGAGGCCCACGAGCUUCGACAUCAUAUGCCCGGGAUGCUUGGUAGCAUCGAUUGCACACAUGUCGAGUGGUCGGCAUGUCCUAGAUGUCAAGAUUUGGCGUAUAUCGAUAAUUAG